GGCGGUUGUCAACAACUGUUCGAGCAGGAAGGAAAGUGUCAUUUGCGUUUUCGUUUUUUUACCGAGCGUGUUAGAGGAAGAUUUGUUUACAUAUUAUUAGUGUAAGGUUGGAUUUUCUUUUAGAUAAUCCAGCCACAUUCACGUUUUUAGUCUAUAGCUAUGGUCUUUAAAGUUAUGGAUAUUAGCUAACGUAAGCUAACUGAAUGUCUUUCAGUCAGUCACAAUUGUCAGAAGUUGGCUAGUUCCAAGCUAGCUACUAGCUACGUAGCUCACGUUAGAGCAGUGAGGAUAGGCUGCUAUUUAUUGUAAGCCUCCGUAUAGCCUGCUGUGUGGCUAGCUAGAGAAACAGCACGUCUGUCGAGCUGCUGUAAACCUGUUUCUUUGUUUUGGAAGCGAGGAGCUGUUUGAGAUAUUCUACCAUGGAUCCAUUUGACAGUAACGUUGCAGACCGAGCCAACCUACCGAGGAACAUGAUUGAGAACAGCAUGUUUGAAGAAGAGCCUGAUGUUGUGGAUUUGGCUAAAGACUCCGCUGCAUUUCCGACGUUUCCUGCUCUUGACCCAGAUGAAGUGGUAUAUGAGCCUCGUAGCUCACGGUUGCUUGUGCGAGGCCUGGGAGAGAAUGACAUGGACGAGGAUGAUGAGGACUGCGAGUCUUCAGCCCGUCUGCUGGGCAUGUCCUUCAUGAACCGUAGCUCUGCUCACAGAUCCAGCUCUUCCCCCUACACCAGACAGGCUGCACCCAGGUCUUGUUCACGACCCUCAGCCCGUACCACCGUUGUAUGUGUGUUAUUCCUGGUGAUAGGGGCCUCCAUGGCCAUGCUGCUUUACUUCUUACCUGGAUGCACAUUUACCAAGGCGGGUUGUCAAAAAACCAACAAGACCACUCCCUUCGAGCCAGUUUACCCUCUGUCCACAAAUGGCAAACUGUUUCCAUGGGCUCAGUAUCGGCUGCCUCGUAGUGUACGUCCUCUUAGCUAUGACCUCACCCUCAACCCAGACCUCGACCACAUGACUUUCACCGGCCGCACUGUCAUCACCAUGUCUGUGCUUCACAACACCAAAAUCAUUGUCUUACACAGUGCUAAUCUCAGCAUCACCAAAGCUACCUUCAAGCUGGGUGAUCAGGAGACCAGAGAUGUGACUGUCCUGGAGUACCAACCCAAACAGCAGAUAGCUGUUCAGUUGUCUGAGGAGAUGAAGGCUGGCCAGUACUGUGUUUUGACCCUGGAUUACUCAGCCAGCUUCUCACACACCUAUGACGGUUUCUACAACAGCUCAUACAUUGAUAAAGCUGGAAUCAAAAGGGUCUUAGCUGCAACCCAAUUUGAGCCACUAUCAGCUAGGAAAGCCUUUCCCUGCUUUGAUGAACCAGCUUUCAAGGCGACCUUCCUGAUUAAAAUCAGCAGGAAACAAAACUACAUGACUCUUUCCAACAUGCCUCAGGCUAAAAGCACACUGCUUCCCAAAGGCCUCAUACUAGAUGAAUUUGAAAAGACCAGUGUUAACAUGAGCACCUACCUGGUGGCCUUCAUUGUCGCUGACUUCACCCCUAACAGCAAAAAUGUCUCUGAAACUCUGGUAGAAUCCUUCCACCCCGUGUCAAACUGAGUUAUAAUCCCCGAACAGGUGGAAGAGAUGUUUGACUCCGUCUCCUAUGAGAAGGGCGCAUCCAUUCUCAUGAUGUUGGAAGCCUGGCUGCGGGAACAGUUCAGUAAGGGCAAACAUUCAGUAAACCCGAAACAGUUCAGUGGGUUAAACACGGAAACUGACGUCUGGAACAGCCUUACACAGGUCUCUGUCUCGGCGCAGUAUCACAAUGUGUCAGAGAUGAUGCGCUCAUGGACGUCACAGAAAGGCUUCCCAUUGGUCACUGUAAGCCGCAAGGGAGAUCAGGUGACCCUCACACAGGAGCACUUCUUGCUCACGUCUGACAAUGCCACAUAUACUUCCAGCUUGUGGAAUAUUCCAGUGACGUACAUAACUGAGAACUGUAGUUUGGGCUCUGAGUGCAGACAGAUGUUUAAUCUGAAGACCAAGUCAGGGACUUUGGAGUUACCAGAAAGUGUAAAGUGGCUGAAGUUGAACCACAAAAACACAGGCUUCUACAUCGUCCACUACGGAAAAGAGGGCUGGGCUGCUCUUCAAGAUGCUUUGUCCAGCAACGUCCAUGUUCUUGCACAGGAGGACCGUGCCUCACUUAUACACAACAUCUUUGCUCUCUCCAGACUGGGACAUGUGUCCUUCUACGAUGUCCUCAACCUGUUGAAGUACAUGUCAAAUGAAACUGAGAGUUCUCCUGUGACUGAGGCCUUGUCACAGCUCAAUGCAAUCUACCGACUCCUUGACAAAAGACAAGAGGACAGUCUUGUAGCCCGCAUGAAGCAUUAUAUUUUGGAUCUGUUUGGUUCUCUGAUGGACAAACAAACGUGGGGAGAGGAGGAGAGUGUGUCUAAACAGGAGCUGCGCUCUGCCCUGUUGGGGUCAGCCUGUAGUCUGAAUCAAGAAAACUGCACUCAGCAAGCCAAAGCCCUGUUCAAACACUAUGACGAGUCCAAUGGGACCUCACGGAUCCCAGGAGAUCUGCAGCAAGUCGUAUUCAGUGUAGCUGCUCAAUCAAUUGAAGGUUGGGAAACUUUGCUCCACAUGUACCAAACCAACACCUAUGAUGCAGAGAAGCGAAAAAUGCUACGGGGCCUAGCAUCCACUCAGGAUGCAAGGCGUAUAGUAUGGAUUCUAAAGGCAGGUCUGAGGGGGGAUAUCAUUCAGACACAAGAGUUGCCUUUGGUCAUCCGCACUGUGUGUAACGGCUUCACCGGUUACUUGUUUGCCUGGAAUUUCAUACAAGAGAACUGGGACCGCCUCAUAGAGAAGUUCCCUUUAGGCUCCUAUGCCAUCCAGACAAUCAUCAAUUCUGCCACCUCUCAGUUCUCCACACAGGUGCAUCUUGAUCAAGUUCAGGGUUUCUUCUCCAGUCUGAAGGAGCGCGGCUCUCAGAUGAGGAGUGUGCAGGAAGCUUUGGAAACCAUCAGGCUGAACCAGCGCUGGAUGGACAAAAACCUGCCCGCGCUCCAUCAAGGUCUCUAAUAGAGGCGCUCCAUCCAGCCUCCGCCCCACUGACAGGGAUCCUGGGGCGUUUCGUCAAGACGACAGCAGUGUUUGCACUAUUGAAGGACUGUGUCUCUUAACUCCUUUUAUUGAGGUCCAGAGUACUAAUCAAAGCCAGAGGUUUUGCUCUACCUGGGUGGACAAGAUGUUAGAUUUUCUGAGAUUGAUUGUGAGUUGUGUUUGCUAGCUCAGGGUGGCUCUGAUUAUGUGUCUGACAAGAAGUUGUCAGAUGCAAACGCACACUCUUCACACUUUAUGCUGUCGACCAAACCUCUCCUCUGCAACUCUCAUCUAAACCUCAUGCCUGAACAGACAAUCAUGCUUUACCCACACUCCAUGUGUUCAGCCUGCUCUCAGGCUCUUAACUCUAUAAGCUGUGUAAUGGCCACUUGAAAAAGAGGAAAUAUGUGGAAUGUCAACAUUACUGAGUAUGUACUGUAUGUACUGUUGGUCCAGGACUUUCUCUCAAAUCGUUGGAUAUGUGUUGAUGCAGCUGUCAGGGAUUUAUCAGCGAUAAGAGGUUGAAAUUACCGGUACUUUAGAGAAGAAUUAUUCUUAGCGUUAAACUGACCUUGUAUUGCCGUGUUACAAAAUUGCUGCCUGCCCAUCUGGACUAGUUACUCGUGCAACCGAAAGCAUUUACUAUAUUAGUCAUGGUUUGGCUAGAAGGUUGGUUGAUUGAUUGCUUCAAAUACCAAACUUGUGUUGGCAUCAAUUGAAUGUACUAAAAAACCUUCCCACUGUGUACAAUAGAUGGCGUACUGCACAACAGUGCAGGUUUAAAUCCACAACCAAUGUGUCUUAGGUGAGAGCACGCUGGAGCCAAAUGUUUUUUUCUUUUUUUUUCUUUCUUCUACCAGUCAUAUGCCUAGUUUAGCUAGUUCAGUUUUAUUUUGAUAGCUUUUGGCCUGCGGUGCAGUCACUGUACAGACUCAUCCUUUAACACAGAGUGCUUUUAAACUUGUAAUUACUAUUAUGUAAAUAUGCUCAACCCUACAGCGUUUUCCCCUGUGAUUUUGGAUGUACUCUUUUAAACAACUUGAUAUUUUACGAUUCGCUUUGUGUUGUGUAUAUAGAGUGUAAAGACUAUACAUGUAUACAUAGAAUUGAAUCUUGAUCAAAUACUUUUACUGUAUUAGACUACCUAAUGGAGGACAUUUGUUUGUGUUUUAAGGGCUAAUUUGCGUAUUGAAGAUACAAAGUGUAUAGAAUACAAAUUUGAAUUGGGCAUGACUAAUCUGUCCAGUAAGCUGUUCGUCAGCCUAAUAAAAAUACAGAAGGUUUAAAGUUACUCUAAUGUUAACUGGUCGUGUUGCUCCUGAGAAUGGAGAGUAGCCUAGCUAUUUAAUGAGUGUCUAAACAUGUUUUCCCACCUUUUGUUCCAAGAUUUUAUUUAAAUAAGUUGUACACUCAUUUUGAGCUUUAUUUUGGUACUGCUUACUUUAUCCACUCCAUCACCAUCACGAUAUUCAGGAUGACUGAGUAAAUAUUGUAGAGUUAGGGUUGUUCAAAGAAAAUCACUAAAUCUAAGAUAUUAAUUUAUUUAAAAACUUUUCCCCAAAUGUUUUGUCACAAAGGCAACACACGUUGGUUCAAUUCCCUGUAGUGUUACCUCCUUACCGCACACAGGUGGGAAACAUUUUGAAAAGGCCAUGUGUUCGUUGCUGCACUGGUGACUCCUACUGGUUCGACCAACCAGUAGGAGUUGGUGGCUGCCAGGAUGAGUGGGAUCCAAGGUGGACCAGACAGGGAAGCCUAGCAUAGACUCUCUUAGUGAGAUGACUGGUGGAAAAAGACACCAUGUGUAUCGAAGGCCUGGCUGUCUACAUCAUCACCAGGUGUGGAGGUUUGCAGUAUAUAAAGCAUCACAGUACAGAGAAUUGUACAUUCCAAACCAAAGUCGUAAUAACUUUGAAGAAUCUCAUUGCAGUUUAGAUCUGUCUAGAGGUUAUCAUCAACAGUAUUGCCAUUCACUUAUGUCAUCCAGUCCAUCAUAGUUUUAUAGACAGUGUGAUAAUGCAUUAAGAAUUUAGAAUAUGCCUUUAAAAUACACCUUAUAUUUUAUGUCCUGGCUAUACCGUUUUAUUGUGAAAAAGUGACACGUUUUUUCCAGCUGACCGCAAUCACAUGAAUAAAUCAGCUUUAUUGAGGCUCUGGGACUUUGUUGUUUCAUCAUUUUUUAUUUGGAAAACAACUUUCAUUUGAAGUUAGUUGCGAUAAGCUUUAAAAGACAAGAGUUGCUGAUGUCAUUUAGGUACAAGGUUUAGUCAAAGUUGGUGAAUCCGCUACGAGGCCGGUCUCAUGAGAGGAUUGUAGUAGAGUACCUCAUGUGCAGUAAACCCAAUCCCAUUGUCUUUGUUUUUGCACUGGGAUGAAAUGCUGCAGAUGCUUUUAAACUGUCACUCUUCAUGUGAAUAAAGUAUAAGUAAAAAUUGUUUUCAGAAGA